ACCGUAUGACAGAUUUGUAGUUCGAUAUUUUCCCACGUAACGAACGGGCUACCUAGUACGGGUAUGUUUCGCUGUAAAAAUACCGAAACAGCGCUCGGUAGCCCGCUAAAACAUCGCACGGUCACCCUUCUCAGGAUCGAAGAUCGAACUUUUUUCAUUAGCACGUGGGAGACAGCGGACGAUACAUCGGGCGAGAGGAGUCAUUUCGAGUGAUAAUAAACAACCAUGGAUUUAUCAAUGAACAGAACGCAAUGUCGGAUCCAGGAGAUUCAGCAACAACAGCGAGAGUUGCAAAAUGAACUCGUGGGGCUCCAACAUAUGUGCCCGCCAAUACCCCGGACGCAAACGGUGCACCAGUCGUUGCCGCAAGAACGGUGGGCACAACAGCCUCCGCAGCACCAGCAGUGGCAACAACAGCAGCAGCAUUAUCAGGUGCACCGAAUGCCGCAGGAGUAUAGCCAGGAGCGGUUAAUCCCCCAGCAACUCCCGCCGAACAACAACGCUGCCUGGAUUCGGCAGCAAGCCGUACCACAGGUACCAUUACCGAUGGAGGACAGGGUGCCUUACCGGCCGAGUGUCAGCUACCAACCGAUCUCAAGGUGUUCCUGUCCUUCGCCAACGGCGUAUCAAGACUUAUGGGCAUCGUAUCAACAACUGGAGCAGAAGGCAGACGAACUGCGCACGGAGAAGGGGAGGAUAUUGGGAAAACUGUCCGCUGAGCGGAAACACGGAGCGGCUAUGAAAAAAAAAGGUUACGGCGAUGCAGCGAAUCGUGAAAUAAUUUAA